AUGAGCUACAUCGCCCGCCGCGGUCUUUCGACCCUGAUCCCUCCCAAGAUCGCUUCCCCUAACGCGAUCGGUGCCGCCAAGGAUGCUGCCCGCAUGGACCGGGUCGUGAACUUCUACGCCAGACUUCCUCGCGGUCCCGCCCCUGAGGUCAAGGCCACUGGCCUCAUUGGACGCUACCAGGCUCGCUACUUCACCGGAAAGAACCAGUCUGCUACUCCCUUCAUCCACGCUAUUGCCGGUAUCCUUCUCCUCGGCUACAGCAUGGAGUACUACUUCCACCUCCGUCACCACAAGAACCACCCCCACUAA